CUUGGUGAAACCCAAGCUUAGCGAUUAUCUUCGGUGCGCGUAUCUCCAGAUCUUAAAGUUUCGGAUCAUUCUCGUCCUGCAAUGGCGUUUGGAUUAACUAACCGGUGCAGCUGGCUGAUCCCAGCUGUCCUCCUGCUCAUGCUGACCUUGGCCCUGGCAAAGCCGAGUUCCCCGUCAGUCCAGGAUUAUUCGGUCUUCGAUGAGAGCUGCGGAAUCAACAUGGUGUGCGUGCCACGGAAGUUGUGCCGGGACAAGAUUAUAAAGGACGAUGGGGUCAGCCUCAUUACUCCCAUUAUCGGCCAGACCGGCCAUGUUUGCUCCAGAGUUCUUGAUCGCUGCUGUAAGGUGCCACCGAAGGAGGACAACGUCCAAACAUAAUCUGAGGAAUCGCACGGCGCCACUUGAAUUACGAUUUAUACAAAAGUUCUGAAAGUUCAAUCCCAUAAAUUUAAAUUUUAUCAAAAUAAAAUGCAUUUUAAUAAUAACCAAAUAGAAAUGCAAUUUUCUUAGAAUGCAACAAGCAAUGUUAUCUGAUGUAGUUGAAAUGAGGCACUCACCUGGAUGAAAAUACCUAAAACAUUCAUUCAGAUUCCAUACGCCCCGUUGGCCCAACAAUAACUCAUCCAUGGCGAGUUAUUACGAUUUAAUCAUUACUAUAUUGGAAAUAAAAUGCUGUACAGACUCUCUCUAGCCGGUUUUAUAAAUUGCUUAGAUUUCCUACCAAGCGACUCAGUUGUCUUGGCGAAACUGAAGCUGAAACAUCAUCGGAUCAGCGACAUUUAUCUCCACAGUCAAUACAAAUGGCGCCGGCUAUGCUCCUCCUGCUGAUCCUCCUUGCGAUUGGAGUCAAUGCUCAGGAUUUUCCAUCACCGAAGUGCCAUCAGAACGAGCUUUGCACGACAGUGAAGCGUUGCGAAGAGUCGGAUGACUCCGGCCAGAAGGUUAUCAAACCGAGAGUAGCCAUUCGCUUUUGCGGUGAGGGCUUGAUGUGUUGCGAUAAGGAGCAGCUCAAGAGCUGGGAUACUUUUCAGGAGGAAGAAAAGUCGAUCCAAAACAAGGUGAGCCGGUUCCCAGAACCAAAGCCCAACGAGAGCUGCGGCCUAAACAUGGAAUGCGUGCCGCGGAAGCUGUGCCGUGACAACAUUAUCGAUGACGCUGGAGUCAGCCUCAUAAAUCCAAGGAUCGGCAAAACGCAGUGUUCCAAGUCCCUGUACCGCUGCUGCGAGGUUGGCCAGGAGGUCGACGACAGCGAAAGUCCUUAUGUGCAGAAGCAAAAGGACUUUAAGUACAAGAACUGUGGCUGGAGCAACCCGAAGGGCCUGAUUCCCGACGAAGACAAGUUCAACUACACGGAGGACGUCUCCGUCUUCGGCGAGUUUCCUUGGAUGGUGGGUAUCUUCACCGGGCGGCAGAAGUUCCUGUGCGGUGGAACGCUCAUCCAUCCUCAGCUGGUGGUCACCAGCUCGCACAAUGUGGUCAACGAGACGGUGGACACCCUGGUGGCCCGGCUAGGCGAGUGGGAUUUGAACAGUGUAAACGAGCCGUACAUCCACCAGAGUCGGCGCAUUAAGAAGAUCAUCACGCACCCGGAUUUCCAUCCACAAAAAUUGUUCAACGACAUUGCCCUUUUGGAGUUGAAGGAGCCCGUCCAACUGGCUCCGCACAUACAGCCACUCUGCCUCCCGCCUCCUCAAACGCCGCAGCUGAUCAGCCAGCUGCUAUCCUCCACCUGCUUCGCCACGGGAUGGGGCUCCAAGGAUGCCAAAGUUGACAAUCUGGAGCAGGUACUCAAGCGGAUCAAUCUGCCGCUGGUGGAGCAUAGCGAGUGCCAGGCGAAGCUGCGCAUCACGCGGCUGGAGAGCCGAUUCCGGCUCCGCCCUAGCUUUAUCUGUGCCGGCGGCGAUCCUGGCAAGGACACUUGCCACGGAGACGGCGGCUCCCCGCUCUUCUGCACGAUGCCAGGCGAAAGGGACCGCUACCAGUUGGUGGGCAUCGUGUCCUGGGGCGUGGAGUGUGGCGAGGAGGACAUCCCAGGCGUCUAUGCCAAUGUGCCAUACCUGCGCAACUGGCUCGAUGAGGAGAUCAAAGAACUCGGCAUUACUUUGUAGUUUAAACAGAAAAUAAGGCACGCUUUUACAUAAAAAUGAUUUUUUCAAUACUAAUACUAAAGAAACGAAGAUUAUAGUGAAGAUGAAAUUA